CCUUGUUAAUGUUUACGUUGUGGUCUUCGUUGUAAGUCCUGAAUCAAUAUUGAUAGACAGAUGGCCUUGCACCACGUACGACCAUCGCAUACGACGUAGUUGCCAGGUAGGAUGUGAGUCGGCAGGUCGGGUAGUACCGAUUGACAACAUUCACGGGGGAUCUUCAAAUCCCAAUGGGUCCUUCCAAACAACUUCGAUAACAAGCCUUUUACAAGCUUUUGUGGCUUGCAGUAGAUUGGGGCCGGUGCUGUUUCCAAUCAAUCAAAGACCGGGGGUCCCAGACAAGUCCCUUACAAGCUCUUACAACUUUCCCCUACCAGGAAGUCUCUAGUCCCCUUACCAAAACCUGUUAAGGCUCUGGGGUCAGGUAUUCCCCUGUUUAUGAUUACCCAGGAGGUAGUCGCCCAUUUCAGACUCUUGUCAAAGUCAUUCUCUUCGUUAAACCGAACGAAAACAAUCUCUCCAAACUCAUCAAAAUGCCUGCCCCCCAAGAGCCCCAGCAGCAAGCUCCCAUGGAGAUGACCUCCAACACCGGCAUCGUUACUCAGCAGCCCUCCGCUGAGCCCCAACCCGACAUGGGCAACCUCCGUGGUGGUGAGGAAGCCGGUUGCGAGGUCUGCUGCGGUCUCUGCGCUUGCGACGAGGGAUGCUGCUAAAUGCAGUCGUCCAUUAAC